GCCAGUGUGAGGCACGCAGCGGUGCGAAGCGGUCGCCAUGUCGGCAGCGUCGCAGAGCGGAGGCGGCGGCGGCGGGGACACGGAGCCGGUCGUGGUGCGGCUGGCCACGCGCGACGACAUGCCGCGUGUGCUUCAGAUGAUACAGGAGCUGGCGGAGUUCGAGGGCAUGCCGCAUGGGCCAGAGCUCUCCGUCGCCGAUUUGAUCGAGGACGGGUUUGACGCCAGCCCAGCGUGGUUCUUCGGGCUGAUAGCGGAGUGCGGCGGCCAGGUGGUGGGCCACGCAAUGUGCAACCGCGCCUACUCGUCGUGGACGCGGCGCGCCUUCUACGUGGAGGACCUGUACGUGGUGCCCGGCGCGCGCCGCCGCGGCGUCGGCCUGUCCCUGCUGCGCGAGCUGUGCCGGAUGGCGCUGCAGGAAGGCGUGCACCGCGUGGACUGGCACGUGCUGGAGGACAACGCGCCGGCGCUGGCCUUCUACUCCCGGCUGGGCGCCCGCGACCUGCGCGUGUCGGAGGGCCGCGCCGCCCUGCGCCUCGACCGCCCGCAGAUCGAGAGUGUGGCGCGAGCCUCGCGAUGACUGCGCCUCUAGUCCCGCCACUUCAUCAAUUCACCGAUACGUGACCACAGCGGCACCAUUCGUGCCUUGUCAUUGAAGACACAAAUAUUAACUGUUACUAAACAAACUAAUAAUUUUAAAGGU